UUAAGACGACGCUUUAACUCGUCAGGAAGCGGCUGGAAACGCAUCCGCCGCAGGGAGAUUCCCACUCGACCGACCCACUCCUCCAUUCACCGGACACUGACAACAAAUCGGAGGCCACGGUUGUGCUGUCCACGCCGUCCCUAAACAAGUGUCUUCUCAUCGAUUCAUCGGGGCUGUUUCGGGGGACGAUCAAGCUGGAUGGUUGCGCUCAUGAAAAUCACCCGUGACAUAUGUCGUCUGUUGGGGUUCACCAGCGGUCCGCCUGCGCAGCAGCAGGAAGAACACAAGGACCGUGGUGCCACAGUCCCUGGCCCAAAUGAUGCUAGGGCUUUAUCACAGGGCGCAUUAAAUGUCGAGGAGGACCUGAGCGAUGAUGAGAAGGCCAGACGUAGAGCAGAGCGACGCAGGGCCAAGAAAAAGCGCCGUCAAAUACGGAAGAAGUCAGGGCAGUUGAAGCAAACCGACAAAGAGAGACAGGAUGAAGACAAAAAAGGCGGCGAGUCGGAAUUGGAAGACUUUGAUUCGGAAGCGGAAGCUAACGUGGAGGGCCAGAAAGACCUGCAAAAGGAUGACAAAAAGGUUGUAAAAGCAGCUGCCUCAGACAAGCCCACUACCUCCAAAGCUGCCACUCCCUCCAAAGAGCGUCGGAAGGCCAAAUCGACGGAAGAGGAGCCCGAGUGGGACAUGAGCAGUGCCUUCUUUGCCAACGCCGCUAGCCACGUCAAGCCUAAAGCCCGCAAGUCCAAAGAGAACAAAGAGAACGAGGCCAGAAGGAAGACAAAGCUAACUGAAGCCAUGACACGGAGAAGCACAUCACUUGCAGAAAAAGGAAUAAAGCUAGUGCAAGAGGAGCAGUACUCACAUGCAGCCCGCAUGUUUACAGAAGCCAUCAAAUGUGACCCAACUGAUUACAGGUUCUAUGGGAACCGUUCUUACUGCUACUAUUGGUUGGAGCAGUACCCCCUGGCCCUGGCAGACGGAGAGCGCUCCAUCCAGCUGGCUCCAGAGUGGCCCAAAGGAUACUUCCGCAAGGGCAGCGCUCUCAUGGCCAUGCAGCGGUACAGAGAAGCGGAGAAGGCUAUGGAGCAGGUGCUAGAACUGGACAAAGACUGUGAAGAGGCUGUCAAUGAACUCUAUGAUUGCAAAGUGCUGCAAUUGAUGGAGUAUGGUUUUGAUGAAGCGGACAGCGGGUUGCUACUAGAGAAAUUCUCAACGGUGCAAGAUGUUUUGGCAACUUAUUUUGAUGUUGCUGGAGCGCCUAACCAAGAUCAGUCUGUUGUACAACAUGGGCCUUGCCCAUCUCUGUGGGUGGGGAAUGUGAUGGCGGAGCUGACAGAACAACAACUAAACGACGUCUUUAAAGUGUAUGGCGAGAUCGAAAGCAUCCGUUUGCUGCACGAGAGCUUUUGCGCCUUUGUUAAUUUCAAGAAUGCCAGUGACGCCGCCCGUGCGAAGGACAAACUCAACGGACAUUUUAUUGAGAACACACGUGUAGUGGUGCGCUAUCCGGACCGUCGCCAGCAGCGAGUUCCUCCUAUUCCUCUCGGUGUCAGGCGGCAAGCGACCGCUGGUGCUGGACCACGGCGACGAGGCCCCGUGAACGGAGAUGAGUGUUACUUCUGGAGAACCACAGGUUGCUAUUUUGGAGACAGGUGUCGCUACAAACACAUUCCCGAUCACAAAGGAAAUGACAAGAAGCCGUGGCUGCCUUAAUCGCGCUUCCUAGUAUACAGAAAACCGGGACACAGCGUCAGAGGAACUGGACUGUACGUUACUGUGCAGAGCAGAAUCUCUCGGCUAGUAUGCAACAUACCCUGGUAAAAACUGAGCACAGUCAAGGUCAGUGCCAGCACUCAGGUUUAAACACAUGAGCAGUCAAGCAUGUGCCAUGAUGCACUUUGACCACAAAACAAGGGAGCAACAACAUCGCCUAACAGUGACUUGAUGACACAUGCUGACUUCUUGGUGCCUUAAGGGAUACAAGCAAACCUCUCACACACACAUGGUCCCAUGUUUUCCAUUGGUUGCACAGCAAAGAACAAAUGAUUGUAUUACGCGACAAAUGACUAUGAGGCCACUUUGAAAAGAAAUGACAUGGGAAAAUGACAAGUUACAGGAUUAAAGUUUGGAAUGGAGUAAAACAUUUAAAAGGGAAAAAAAACCCCACGUUUUUGUGAUGGUGUCCAAACAUUAACAAGUGCCGUGUUUAGUUUGUAGUCUCAUUUAUAGAUGCUGAUUUUAGUCUCAUAAAACGAAAGGUUUUUGUAAUGUUAACAAUUGUAUUCUUAUAAAAUUGACUUUUCCCCCUUAUAAUAUUGCAACUUUUAUUUUGUCAAAUGAAUGCGACUAUUUUGUGAAACAGCCCCCUUCUUUACAACAAUUAGGCUCUUAUAAUUAUGACUUUAUUCUCAUAGAGACAUAUUUUUUCUUUACAAUUUUAUGCUCUUGAAGUGACAUUAGAUGUAUUACACCUUUAUUCUCAGAUGUGAAGUGAUGACUUUAUUCUUGUACGGUUAUAGUUUUAUUUCUCCUCGACUUGCACUGUCUCUCAUUUCUUUUCAAUGUGGCCUUCAUAUUUUGUGGGGGGAAAACAGAAUGACAUUUAGUUUUACUUCUCAUCAGCAGUUCCUUAAAACUGGAUUCAAUCUUUUUGCCAUCACCGGCCAAUCCAAGUCUUUUGUAAGAACUCCAAAUGGCAAAACAAGCCAAAACUAUUUAGUGCCUUAAUUGCAAAGCUGCCUUGAUUCAUACAACCAGUAGAAAAAAAAACAAAAACUUAAGACUAGAUACUAAUCCUUAUAUGUAUCUUAGACUUUUUUUUUUUUUUUUUUUUCGAUAAAGCAGUGUCCUUGUUUAGACGAUGCAGUUAAUGAAAAGCUAUGUUUCUGAUCGGUCAGUAUUUCGUUGAACCAAAGAACGGUAAAAGAAAUAGGCUUGCACGUCAUCAUUAGUGCAGUAGAAUUGGCAUUGUCCAACCUAACUGCAGUUUCUAGUUUAAAUCCACACUACACAAGUACACGUGACAGUAUUUAUUUACUAUUUAUCGCUCUUUUUGAUGAAGUUCCUGUCACAUUGUUAAGAAUAGGUUGAAAAAAUGUCUUUAGUACAAAUUGUUUUAUUGUUUGGUGAGCGUUUUUAUUAAGCACACUUUAUUCUAACACUGUUUGUGGCACUUGUGUUCCGUAUUUGUUAUUUUCUUAAAAAAUGUAUAAAGAGGGAUUGGGCGCCCGACUUUAUACUUGCUGCAUGUUCAAUUGUCAAGUGCACAUGGUUUUAAGUUUGACAUUUCUUGGCUUUGUUGUUGCUUUAUUGGCGCAUUUCACCCUUUUUCCAAAAAGUUUUUUCAAGAAACGGUAUUUUCAGUUUCAAUGCAACGCAUUGUUGUUGAAUAUUUUGUAUUAUCGUCGCUGCACUGUUAUAAAAGAGUGUUUUGUAUUUAAUAAAGAUUUUUCACAUCCCUA